AUGCCUUUUGACGCCGCUAUACAUGAAUUAUACAUGAGAUCAUUCAUACGCUUCCAAAAAACCCACGGUCGCCGGCUCGAUCAUGAGGAACGUACUCGCAAACGCGAAGCCCGCGAGAGCCACUUAGCCUCUGCAAAGGCGCAGACCCUACGUGGUUUCCGCGCCAAACAAUACGCCCAGAAACGCCAUGCCGAGAAGAUCCAGAUGAAGAAGCGCAUCCGGGCGCAAGAAGAAAAGAAUGUCAAGUCUGCUGCGCCCGCCGAGCCCAGCUCAACGCCGCUGCCCAAUUACCUGCUCGAUCGGUCCCAGGGGACGAAUGCCAAGGCACUGUCGUCUGCUAUCAAGGAUAAACGUACAGAAAAGGCGGCCAAGUUCUCGGUGCCGUUGCCCAAGGUUAAAGGUAUCAGCGAGGAGGAGAUGUUCAAGGUGGUCAAUACGGGAAAGAAGACGCAUAAGAAGUCGUGGAAGAGAAUGAUCACGAAGCCGACUUUUAUCGGCCAGGACUUUACGCGACGGAAUCCCAAGUUUGAGCGAUUUAUCCGACCUAUGGGUCUCCGUUAUAAAAAGGCCAACGUCACACACCCGGAACUCGGAGUUACAGUCCAACUGCCCAUUCUGGGCGUGAAAAAGAACCCUCAAAACCCGCUGUACACCCAACUCGGCGUCUUGACAAAGGGAACCGUGAUCGAAGUAAACGUUUCCGAACUCGGACUUGUGACCACCUCUGGAAAAGUGGUAUGGGCCAAAUACGCUCAAAUCACAAACACUCCCGAACUCGAUGGAACAGUGAACGUCUAA